AUCUUUUCUUUCCUUUUCUUUUCUUUUUCAUUUUAAUAUAUAAUUCAUACCUGCUUCUUUAUAUGGAAAUUAUUAAUGAAGAAGACUAUUAUGCGAGUUUAUCUCUUCCACCUUUGCCACCACUAUCCUUAAGAAAAAACAAACUAUCGAAAAAGAAGUCAACUGUGUGUCGACUUAAGAAAUAUAAAGAGACUAAAGCAGAACGACUUUUACGAGCUCUUGUUACUGAGGUUGAGUGUGUUGACCUUCAGAAUCGUCUCAAGCAAGCAAUAGAUGAUAUUAUAACCUUUUUUACAGAAAACUACGAUACUUUAAUUGAUGAAUUUUAUGAGCUUGAACAUACCAAAAAUGAACUUGAAUACCGCCUUCAUAUUCAGUCUAAACAUCAUGAACGUUCAUUAAAAGAAAUACAACAAUUUUAUAAAAUCCAAUACGAAAACAAUCCUAAUAUGCUAUUUCAGCAGCAUGGUAGUCGUCGAUCAACGGCUUCCUCAAUACUGUUACCUAGUAAUGUAAGCUGUAUAUCGGGUAGAAGUUAUAUGUCAUCUUCCUCAGCACGAUCUUCUUCCUGCUCAUCUUCAAUGCGGACAUCAUUUUCUCAUUUAAUGGAUGAAAUGAUUGACCCUACCAUGAUACGUGAAGAUUCAAUUUUGUUAGAAAAAGAAGAAAAUCAACAUCAUCCUAAUGAAAUUGAUAUUUAUUCAGUCUUAUCUGAUUCAGAAGCUGGUCAUGAUCCUUCUAAUACAACUGAUUCUUCUAAAGGUGAUCAUACCUUAUCAUCUCUAGUACAAUCACCAACUGUUGAUGACAAUGAAUUAAAUACUAAUAAUGAAAUAAGCAUUUCUAAAACCAAAUUCGAAAAUAAUAAUAGUGAGGUAACAAUAACAACUGCGAAAAAGGAAAGAGAAGAAGAUGCUUUGACUUUUGCUUGUGGUGAUGGCUUUUGGAAUACAAUUGCUCGAGGAAAGAAUAAUAAGACAGAUGUAGACACAUUAAUUAGGUAACUGUACUAGCACAUAACAUGUUUUAAUUUUUAUUAACACAUACACACACACACACACACACACACACACACACACACACACACACACAUACACACACACACAUACAUACAUACACACAUACACAAAAUGCAUAUAACAGUAACUAUUUACGUCGAGGAGGUAAUCCAAAUGUUGCAAAAAACUCUGAAACAAUAAGAAAUGUCAAAGAAGGAUAUGGCCUCAUACACGCCUUAAUAGCUAUCAAGAAUACUUCCGCUUUACAAA